UUAACUAGUCUUUGGCGCCCAUUCUUUGUUCUUCACCCGCUUUCGCGUACGCGGUUGGGGCGGUGCCAACGUCGCCAGAUCUGGCCAGGUUUCGCGAGCGCCGAGCUUGAAUUCGUGGACUCCGCGCGAAUCUUUGGAUCUUGGCCGCGAGACCCGCGCGGCUGAUCAGUGACAACGCUAGAUCCUAGCUAGCGCGCUCGAAAGGUAGGGCUUUUGGAUCAUCCAGCGCCAUGAGGCCCGGAGCGGUCCCUCUCCUCCUCCUCGCAUCGAUUCUACUGCUCCUCCACACCGGCAUUGUCGUCUCGCAGCUUCCGCCGGCCGGGGCGCCCGGGCCCGGCCCCUCCUCGUUCUCUCCGGCGCCCUCUCCAGAGCUCUCAAACCCUGAGAACGCGCCAGUUCCAGCUCCAGGCCCUUCCAGCGGUAGCGCCGAGCCUCCGUCGCCAUCUCCAUCGCCCUUCUCCUCCCCAGCACCAGCUCCAUCAGAUGGCGACGAGGGCACGGGCAAUUCCUUCCCGCCGCUCUCUUCGCCGCCAGGAUCACCACCCACUUCCGCGGCCGCGGAGAACCAGCCGGUGGACAGGGUCAGCAGUGGUGGUGGGAGCUCUGGGAUCUCAGGUGGAGCCAAGGCUGGGAUCGCGUUUGGGGUGAUCGCGGGCGUGAUCUUCGCGGUCGGUGGAGGCUACGUUUACGUGACGAGAAGGAACAACGAGAAGCGAGCCUCGGGUCCUGGUGGCAUGCGCUUCUAGAGAAGAUUUAAUCGUCUUUGUCGGAUCGAUCGACUCUACUUCCACUUGGGCGAUUAGAUCGACAGGCAAGCGAAUUCUUUCUUUCUUUUUUUUUCUCCAUCUUCCAUGGUUUGGUGGUUUAAAUUCGUCGGGUGAUCCAUCGUCUUCUCUUCCUUCCGGGCCCUGGAAUCUGGAUCUACCAGGAACAAUUUUUGCAGAAGAUCUUCUCAUCCUUUUAUUACAAUUACUGUUUUGCUACGGGGUUCUUCGUUCUACCUCUUGUUAUUUUCACUCCUCAUAAAUAGAUCGCUUUCGUUUCA